AUGGCGACUACCUAUGUUAUUGCCUCUAUUGGCUGGGGCAUGGCCGUCCUUGGCUGGUUCGUGGCGCCCACCCUCAACUUUUUCGUUCCCAAGAUCCCUUCCUGGCUCAGCUGCGACGUGUCCAAGAAGCUCCGGGAGCUGGAGAUCCAUAUCAUGCCGGAGCUAGAGAAGAUGCUGCAGGCCGUUUAUCAAGAGAGGAUGAUAAAGAGAGGAGAUGAGAUGAGAAGGAAAUCCGACGUGGCGGCCCUGGACAAGAUGGCGGCCAUGCUGAGGCACGCUCGGGAGGAUGCGGAAGACAUCUUGGAUGAUCACCAGGACAUCGAGUUGUACCGCUUCAGAUUUUGGCGUCGUCUCUGCCUCAUAGUGCAGAACGACAUUGACCGCUUCAAUAGGAGCUGUCUGGUGAUUGCACGCAUCGUCCGGAGGGGAUCGGCUCGAUUCAACCGGAGUAUCGCACCCAUCAUCCGGAGAAAUGCAUUCAUCAUCAGGAGAAAAUCAGAGGAUGUACUUCACGUGGCUGCCAGUGCUGUGGCCACCUGCAUUACUCACUUCAACAAGAGCUUCAGGAGCGGAUCAGCUCGGCUACUGCGGCGGGCGCGGAACAUCUCCUUGUGGAGGCAAGAGGAUGUACUCCCUCGGACAACCAAUACUGUUGCGCCCUCCCAUGAGACCGUGCCAGUGAUUACCAGUUCUGUGGCCUCGGAUGGACCAGUUCCCCUUACUACCAGUGUUGCGGCCUCCCAUGGACCGGUUCUGGCGGCUACAAAUGAUGUCCCCUCAGACGACCCUGUCCCGCAUAACUCGGUGGGUGCUGCCUCACAAGAAUCAGUUCCAGAGCCUACCAAUGUUGCUGUUUCAGACGAAUUAAGAGUUCCGGUGAUUGCACCCUCGAAUUCAGAGUCGAGCUCCUUAGAUUUCACUGAGGGUGCGGUCUUAGAUGAACAAGCAGUUCCGGCGACUGCAUCCUCUGAUUCCAUUGGGUGGGGGCUCUCUUGGUGGUGCAACUUCUUCAACUUCUUCAAGAACUGUUGUAGGUCCAUAUUAUAUUUGACAGGUCAUGCAAUUAAGGCCGCUCACACUUAUCAGGGGUGCUCCUAUGACGUGGUUGGCAUCACAGAUUACCAGGAGAAUGCCACCGCAUUAGAUUCUGUCCUUACUAUUAUUUCAAGACGGAACUUGAAGAAAAAAAUAGAGAAGGUAGAAAGCAUGGUUAGCGAAGUGAAGAAGUCAUCACUCUUGGGAGCGGGAAGCAAGAACACACUGAGUGAUACGGCCAACAAGAACAGGAGCAAAAUUAGAACUGCUAGCAAACGGAAGGUAUUUGGUCGGGAGGCAUUGCGUGAGGAUAUCAUGGCUAAACUCCGUGAGACACCACCCAGCUCGAGCACUAGACCAUGCUACUCGGUGAUUGGCAUAUAUGGCAUCGCAGGGUCCGGGAAGACUACCUUUGCACGAUAUACUCGAGAUUACAUAGAGGAGGAAUGCAAGGAGGAGGAACUUUUUGACACCAUCAUGUGUAUUCAUAUGUCUGAGACUUUUAGUGUGGAUGACAUAUUUCAUGAUAUGCUGAGGGAUAUUACCAAAGAUCGGCACUCCAAUAUUUCAGAUCAUGAGGAGCUGGAAGAGAAGUUGAAGAAAUCAUUGAGUGGCAAACGUUUCUUCUUGAUAUUGGAUGAUAUCUGGGUGAAGACAAGGAACGAUCCACAGCUGGAGGAACUAAUCUCUCCGCUCAAUGUUGGGAUGAAAGGAAGCAAAAUUUUGCUACAUAGAUCACCUAUUGCGGCUGUAACAGUGGCAGGACAGCUUAGGGCACACCCAGAUAUCCUCUUUUGGAAAAACACUGCAAAUCUUGACUUGUUGAAUGACACCAUGGGUUCUCUUUUCUGGAGUUAUCAGCAGCUUAAUCCGGACAUCAAGCGAUGCUUAGAGUACUGCCAUAUUUUCCCCAGAAGAUCGAUGUUGACAAGGGCCGAGUUAAUUCAUCUUUGGAUUGCACAAGGGUUUUUAAAGACCAGCUGUGCAACAGAGGACAUGGAAGAUGUAGCUGAGGGCUAUGUUCAAGAGUUAGUGUCGUGCUCAUUUCUGCAGCUAGAAAAAGGCUCGAUUGAUGAUUUUCUAAAGACCGACCAAUUCAGAAUUCAUGAUCUGAUGCAUGAUUUAUUGGACAAAAUCACUGGAAGGGACUACUUCAUAAUCGAGAAUGCAGAGAGUGAUACAGGAGAAGGUUGGAAAGGAGUUGUUCCAAGAGAUGUCCGCCAUCUUGUUGUUCAGAAUUAUGAUGGAGAAUUGAUUAUUAAGAAGAUCCUUGGAUUGGAAUGUUUACGCACUCUCAUUAUUUAUCGUGUUCAAAGGAGUAGACCAGUUGAGGUAAAAUUCUUUGAGAAUAUAUGCAAGAGGCUACCGAAAUUGCGGGUAUUGGCCGUUGAACUCAGCCUGGAAUAUGAUCCACUCGAACAACCUAUUAAGUUCUCGAUCUCAGAGUCCAUUAGUCAUUUAAAGCACCUACGCUAUCUUGCUUUGACGACAAAUUUGAGAUGUACGGUAUAUUUACCAUGGGCGCUAACUAAACUUCACCAUAUCCAGCUGCUAGAUUUUCAUGGAGAACCUUGGGAAUUUGCCUUACCUGGCCUUAUCAACCUGCGGCACGUGUUCUGUUCGCGAUAUGUAAAAUUUCGUAACAUAGGCAGCCUGAUCUCACUCCGAACGAUACCAGGCUUCACAGUAAGGAAUGAAAAAGGGUGUGGGGUAAAUCAACUAAGGGACCUAAACAAGCUCAGCGGCAGCCUGCAUAUCUAUGGCCUUGAAAAUGUUAAAAGCAUGGAGGAAGCUCUUGAAGCAAAUCUAGCUGCCAAGGAACGGCUCACUAAACUGACAUUGUCAUGGGAUGGUGAUGAUGGUACAAGGUGCAGUCCAGAAGUUGAAGCAGAUGUACUUGAAGGCAUGUGCCCUCCCGCUGGGCUUGAAACACUAUUUAUCGAACGCUACAAUGGUACGAGGUACCCAUACUGGAAUGGUACCCCAAAGGACCUGCAAAACCUUCUUUUCUUGGAAUGCGGCCAACUCGGAUGCAAUAUAGCGCACCUCACAUCACUAAAGGAACUGUAUAUCAGAUGUUGCCACUAUAUCCGGUCGCUUCCAACACUGCCACAGUCGCUUGAGGAGUUUGUACUUCUAUUCUGCAAUGAUGAGUUCCUGGAGUCUUGUCGAACUGUAGGACAUCCAAACUGGCAAAAGAUUGAGCACAUCCCCAAGAAAAGAUUUCAUAUGUGUAAUACUGCAAUCCCAUUUGUUGCCUUGUUCUUUUCAUUUUUGUAUCUAGAAAGAUGCUUGCGUCAUUAA